UUUUUUUUUAUGAUAAAAGAAACAAAAUAAAGAGAAUUUCAAUUUUUUUGAUCAUCUUUUUGAAAAUUUCAAAACAUUGAAAUAAAAAAAAAUGCCCAUCACUGAGAGUAUUCCGUUGCCAACUUUUGAAGAAUUAGAUAUACAAGAUGUAAAUGUUUCACAACCAGUACUGGUUGCAGCUGGACCAUAUUUUGGAAAAUAUUGUGAUCAACAAUCGAAGGAAUAUAUGCUCUGUCGUCUGGAAGAACGUGAUCCAAGAAAAUGUCUGAAUGAAGGCAAAGCCGUUACAAUGUGUGGACAUGAUUUUUUCCGUAAAGUUGGCCAAACUUGUCUUGAUGAAGUGGAACGUAUGGCCAAAUGCAUGGAAUUCACUCAUACAGAUUGUAGACUAAUUUAUUGCAAAAAAGAACAGAAACAAGUGGCAAAAUGUAUGGAAGAAAAAAUGGGUAUAAAACGGCCACCAUAUGGCUAUUUUUCACAGCUUCGUGUACACGAAUCUUCAAGACCUAAACCGAAAUCAUUUGCAACCGAAUUUAAAGAUCAAAACAUUGGCAUACCGAUCGAUUUUGAGGAAAAGAUUUCGAAACUAAAUAAAGGUGAUGGUCACAAUCUUUCGAGCGGAAAUAUGGAUUGAAAAAAUCUAAUAAUUAGUUUUUUUAUGUGAAAAUUCAAUUCACUAAUAAUAAAUACCGAUUAGUCAUUA